AUGAGUUUAACUAAUUUAAUAAGUAUUGGAGAAAAUGUAAGAAAACAUAUUUUAAAAGAAGAAGAAUUUUCAAAUAUUGAACAACAUAUAUUUGAAGAAUAUCCAAUAUUAAGACGAACAGCAAUUGAAUGUAUGUGCAAUUUAAUUGUUCAAAAAGAAAUUAUCAAAUAUUUUAUUAGAGAAAAUAAUCGAAUUAAAUUAUUGAUAUUAUUAUGUAGUGAAGAUGAUGAACUAUGA